AUGAAAGGACGUAACAUCAAGAUAGUUUUCUUUCUGAUGGUGGUAAGAAUGAUGUACACAAAGGGGAGUUACCUGCGUGAAAAAUUUAAUUUUAAACAAGAUGAAAAAGUCGAAAUUUUGAAUGCUACUUCUUUCCUUCGAAAUAUGCUGUUUAACAAAAACUCGGGCUAUAAAGAAGCAGACGACCCUAUUUCGCGCGCUGGAUUACGGUUUGAAAUUUCAAGAUUAGAAAAGUUUGAUGAAAUUGCAGGAGACCUCCAACUUCUUUCCUCUCUUUUUAUGCUUUGGUCUGACGUCAGAUUGGCUUGGGAUCCCGAUAGUUUCUCCGUAUUUCAGGAAAAGGCUGGAUACGCUUUAAAAGUUGAUUACUUACAGAUGAAAAUAAAAGACAUCUGGACACCAGACAUAAAAUUAUUUAAUCCUCUAAAGGAAAUGGAUAUAUUCAAAGAAAAAGAAAAUGACAAGGCCACUCUUGGAUUCCCUGGUAUGCUGUUCUAUGACGGCUUACUGAAGACAGAAACCUACUGUAAACCGAACCUAAAGGACUUCCCUUUUGACGAACACGAAUGUUCCGUCCAAUUUGUUGUAACUUCUACAUUAAUUGCAAACAUAAACAAGGAAUCCCAAGUCUUCAAUGACAAUGCUAAAUGGAUGUAUUUUCAAAUGGCACCAUGUGACCUUGACCUUGCACCAAGCCGUUAUGGAGUAGAACAUAACAAUGAGCGUCGCGUUCUCGUUUUUCCUGUCAAACUUAUUCGUAGACCCUCUUUUCUCUUUGUGAAUAUCGCUGUCCCACUUUUUGUUCUUAGUAUUUUAAAUAUAGUUGUCUACUUUAUCCCAGCCGUCCCAGAAGAUAGACUGUCCUUUUGUAUUGCCCUUCUGCUAUCAUUCACAGUGUAUCUUAUCUAUGUUGCUGGACUUAUUCCUGAAACCUCGAACCCAGUUCCUCGGGUGAUCUAUUUUCUGGUGUUUCAGUUCCUGCUAAGUGCCUUCAUAACAACUUCCAGUUUUCUGACUGCGUUGCUUAACCAGCGGCACGAACAAACACCAAUACCAAUCGUAUUCCAACGAAUUAUUGAUAAAAUACAUAAAACACGUGCUCGAAAAGUUGAGAGGCAACAAGGGGAAACGAAUCAUCGGACUGAAAAUAACACAACAGUAACGAGUGGAGACCAACAUGUCGAUAACGAAGAAGUUAAAAACAAUGGUGUCUUUUACACAAAGACAACUUGGAAAAGCAUUGCGUUCCUUGUGGACAGAGUAUGUUUAACUGUAACUGUGAUCAUUCUUGUGAUAGAAGUCAUACUAUUCUCAUAUCUUGCUUCUAAAUUAUCAAACGAGGUGAAUCCUGAUUUUAAAUCUGAAAUAUGUAAAGGAAGUGGACCAAGUAAUCUGACAAAAAUUUGCUUUGAUGACAUAUCUGGUUUUUGUAUUAACCCAACUGAUAUAGCAUGA